GCUUUUAGAGACAACCUGACCUGUUUCUGUGGUUCUAUAUCCGGGUGAAGCACUCUAAUUGUUGUAGGUCAGUUGAUGUUUACUAAACAGAACAUGUAGCAGUCUCUAGGACUUUUUCACUAAAUAUCUACAACUAUCUGUGAUACCCAUGAAGAAUUCAUCAUUCAAUUUUAAAACAGCAGGAUGUCUAAACCAGUUAUCAAUAAUUUGAGGUUUAAUCAAGACCACGGAUGUUUCAGCUGUGCUUCAGAUACUGGCUUACGUCUCUUCAACAUAGAACCACUCACAGAAAAGUUAAAUGUCGGAAAAGAAAAUAUUGGUAGCAUUUCCCAUGCUGAAAUGUUGUUCCGUACCAACCUUAUUGGAAUUGUGGGAGGUGGAAGUUGUCCAAAGUUUGCUGACAAUACUGUGUUGAUCCGGGAUGAGAGUCAAAAGUCGGAAAGGAAGUUUGCCCUUGAAUAUAUUUUCUCACAGCCUGUCAUGAAUAUACGCAUGAAGAGAAACAAACUGUUCUGUGUGCUGCGAAAUGAAAUCCAUGUGUUUUCUUUCCCCAAUAACUCCACACAUUUGUACUCAUUCCGAACACGAGAUAACUUUAAAGGCUUAUGUGAAAUAAGUACACUUCGAGAAGUGGUUGUGUUUCCUGGUCACAAGUGUGGAAGUGUCGAAGUAGUGGACUUGGAGAAAGUUCAGCCAGGGCAGUCAGUAUGUCCGGUGAUGAUCAGUGCUCACCAGAAUGAGCUGGCUUCUUUGGCUUUGAACCAGAGUGGCUCUAUUUUGGCCACAGCCUCACGCAAGGGUACACUGAUACGGGUGUUCAAUGUUUAUAACAAACAGCUGCUGGUUGAGCUUCGCAGAGGUUCUGAUACUGCAACUUUAUACUGUAUAUCUUUUAGUCAUGAUUCUGCCUUCUUGUGUGCCUCCAGUGACAAAGGGACAGUCCAUAUAUUUGCUAUCGAGGACACAACACUUAAUAAAAGAUCUACUUUCAAAAAAAUGGGCUUUCUUGGUCAGUAUGGUGAGUCGCAAUGGGGCCUUGCCAACUUCACUGUUCCAGCAGAAUGUGCUUGCAUUUGUGCUUUUGGCUCAGGAAAUUCUGUUGUUGCCGUGUGUGUCGAUGGGACAUUUCACAAAUACAGUUUCACAACCAGUGGUAGUUGUAACCGGGAAGCCUAUAACAUCUUUCUGGACAUUGGUGACGAUAUGUACUAAUGCUGCAACUCUAUAGACAUUGAGGAUUAUGAGCAGCAAGAUUGGAACUUUAUGGAUAUUAGGAACUUUCUGAACAUCAGGAAUUCCGUAUAUUAAGACUUGAGACUUCUGACAAGUGCAGAAAUUCUGCUUUCUUUGUAGCAAUGUUUAUCUAAUCUUGCUAUUGAAAAUGUUUAUUUUUUUGUUUGUUUUUUUAGACAACUCUCUCCCUCCUUCCCUCCUCCUCCUCCUCUCUCUCUGCUAUAUAUAUAUAUAUAUAUAUGUAUGUAUGUAUGUAUAACUUCUACAGAGAGCUACAUUUUUCUCCCAUCUGUUUUUUAAAUAACUCCCAUCCAAGCCUUGUUGAAUAAUAAAACCUCCCUUUCCUUCUGUGUAUGCAUGAAUGUACACACAUAUAAUUACAUGUGCUGUGCACACAAACAUAUGCAUGAGACAUGUACACAUCUGCAUAAUACAUGUGCAUCGACACGCAUUUCACUUAGCUGUACAUAUGUUUAGGUGUAUAUCUAUUUAGAUGUGUAUGCCUGUGUGAGUGAUAGAUAAAUAUAUACAUAUAUUUAUUUAUUUAUGUGAGUUUUAUAUAUAUAUAUAUGUUUGUGUGUGUGUAUCUACAUAUGUGUGUGUAGAAAAUUAAUGUAGACAGCAGUUUGCAAUGUUUCACUAAAAAAGAAAACUAUAAUUAAUUAUCAUUAAAUGUGACUAGGGUGUUAGAAACACCUAUAUUGCUAGAAACAGUAUUUUCGGACAAUUACAAUCCCUGUUAUUAUAUAUGUAUAAAAUUGUGUGCUUUGACUGCAGCAUUAGAGCAUUUUAGCUCUUAUUUCUAGCAAUGUAGGUGUUUCCAACACCUUAGUCACAUUUUGUGACAAUUAUAUAAAUAUAUAUAUACACACUUGUAUGUAUACAUUUCUAUAUGUGUAUCACCUAAUGAUUGCUAUGGUGUGAAAGGUAUGCAGUGAGAAAGGUAUUUUGAUUUUAAUAAAGUGUGUGUUUGUUUGUGUGUGUGUUUAAAUGUAUAUUAACUGUAAACAAACCCAUUCUAUGGCUGAAGAAGGCAUCUUCCAAAAGACAAUGUUUGAUAUCUUCUUAAAAAAGAAAUACUCAUUCUUCUUCAUCUGUCCAUAUGUAAAGAAACCAAUCACAGAUGUUUGUAUUAAAUGUUGGAGAUGAAUCAGCUACAAGCUACAGACACAUAGAUUGUAAGUUUAUAUCCUACUGCCAUAUUCUUUGUUUCGGUUGACUGUUUCAGGCAGAGUUACUGUUUUAGAAUAGUGUCCUAUACAAUGGAAACACUUUUCACACGUCCACUUCAGCUGUACACCUUAGCCAUAGCUCGGCACUAACUCUGCCAGCUUCUGUGGAUUGGCAAAAGAUCCAAAUCUUUUGUAUUAUGUUAUCUUGGUUUUGUUGUUAAAUUUUAAAUUUUUAUAUAAGUGUUCGGUAGACAGUUCAUUGUCUUCUUCCUUCCUAACCUGACUAUAUCACCAUUAUUUUUAUUUCUCUGAGUGUAUAAUUUCAUGUGUGUAUAAAUAUAUAUAUUGAUAGAUAUAUUUACAUACACAUAAUACACACCAUGUGCAUAUGCAUGUGUGUAUUUAUGUGUCUCUCCCCAUAAUUUGUUUGUGUGCUUAAAUAUAUAUGUAUUUUCAUUGAUGAAUACUUGUGUGUGUGUGAGUGAGCACAGUUGGUAGAGUUGCAAUAUUAAGUAAAUAUAUAUUUUGAUAUCUGUUGUGAAUGGUAUAUUUUUGCAGUAGAAACCUUCUAAAGACUCUUCAUGAUAUAGAUAACUGGCACCAACCUAUGUCCUAUUAAAGUUGCAACCAUUUCUAUUGCUCAUUCAUAUUUGGAUCUCUGACAUGAUACUCACAUGUUUUGACCAUUAUCUGUGACAUUCUUAUGUCUUUAAAUUUUGCCAAAUGCUCUGAUAUCUGCAAGAUGUUACUCUUGAACAUCAUUAGAGAAACAUAUUUAAUCUGGUGUAUGAUAAUGAAUUGUUUGUAGUAUACAUUUGGAUGUGUCUACUUGAUAACAGUUUAUUAUCAAGUAUUCGAGAUAGCCAGCAGAUUGCAGAUCUGUAGAGCAUUGGCAUUAUGCCAUGUUGAAUAUUUGAAUAUUUGCAUGCUAAAAAAUAGAAAGGUGUAUGAUAGAAAUUUAGAUGUGAAAUACUAUGAACUAUUAGUGAUAAUUGUAUCACAUGUAAGAGAUGUUUGAGAUAUGACUGAUGUACCUUGGUACCAUAACAAUCUGUUAGGGGUAGAAAUAUUUAGAGACUUCGUACUAAGAACUUUUUAUGUUGCAGUGUGCAUGCUUUCAAAUGGCCAGUUUAAUUUUUAAAGAUCAAACACAAAAAUAGAGGAUCCAGUAUAUUAUUGCAUAACAUGUAUGGAAAUAAGAAAACUCCAUACUGCAGACUUAUCCAACUCUGCUAAUAUGGAAAACUGGAUAUUAAUUAGCAAUCAUGAUAAAUGCUUAGAUGAAACAGGGUGGAUGAAGGAUCCAUUACUGUAGGCUCUGAAAUCACUAGACUUCUUGUUAUUUUUUGCCAUUUUUCGUCUCCGUCCCCCAAUAAUGGCUACAGAGUGUCACUUGUUGCAAGCAUUUCCUAUUUGAGUUUCCAGUGAUUUGUAAAGACAUUUCAAUAGUUUAUCUUGUAGUUGUUGCUGUUGUUAUUAUUGUUGCUGUUGUCCAUAAUUGUUUUGUCUUCACAUCUCUGCCAUUCCUGUUGUUAAUUAUGUUUUAUAUUCAUCCUUGCUGUUACUGAUAUAUUGUUAAUCCAUUUCUAACUAGAGGACUUUCCUUAAACAUAACUCCAUGUAGCUUGUACACACUCAGUUUGUUAUGUAUGUAUAUGUAUCUUUUCAGGUACACACAUUUGCAUGUAUGAAUAUGCGUCCUCACACAAACACACACGCAUACAAGGACACAAGUGCAUGCAUGUGCAUGCACACACAUAUGCAUGCACCCACACACACACAUACACAAAUACAAGUAUAGUGAUUUGUUUCCUUCCUGCUUCAUAUCUGUUUUUCAGAAUUGUUAUGGUUUGAGCAAGUCUGCAAGUUUUGACUUCUAGUAGAGAAAUUUGGGGAAAAUGACUCUGAGCAUAUUUAUCAUAAUAGCAUCUACAUAAAAAGUGGUGUCUCAUUAAGCUGAGAGCCAUUACUGCAUUUUCCAAGCUCAGACGUUCAUAUACAUGUUACAAAUUGUGUAUCUGUCCACAACCAAGAUCACUGCUCUCCAUAUCAUCAUCAUACAUAUCUCAUAUGUAUAUAUGUAUAUCUUAUAUCAGUUGACAAUUUUUAGUUUGUGUAGACCUCAGGUACAAACUGCUACACAUACACACAUUUAUAGAUACUCUCAAUGUAU